AUGUCUACUGCAUACUCUACAGAGGCGGUUGAAAGUGAGGUCGAUGAUACCGGGUAUGAGCAGGAAAGCGAGGAAUCCUCAGAUGAUAGCGGGUGGGAGGACUUGGAAUUAACAGCAAUAUCUUGGCAUCCAUUCCCAUCAUCCCAACCAGUCAUGAUUAACCGAGUGGAGACAAACUGGACCAACUCGCUGCUCCAGUACACGACCAUGUCGACUUGGCUACGACCGAGACAUGAAUGCUUUUAUCGUUUCACUAGAGCUAACCCCAGCAUUUAAGGCGCAAUAAGAUGCUUUCACAUGCAUAGCACACACGCCAAAAGCAUCCAAUCAAUGUAUCCUCAAGUUCGAACCUCGAGACUUGCAUCGGCCAUCGGUAGGUACGUCGAUUGUUGAGCUAAAGGCGAUUGUUAUUUUUGCCAUCCGAUAUGAAUUUCUAAGCUGAAUAUGGAUUCGAAUCGCUUGAAUCUGCAUCGAUGCGAUGGCUUUCCAUUCUAUGAGGUCGAUCAAAUCAUCUAAUAAGCAAUGUUAUCAUUAAUCGCCUCACAGAUGAGCUCAGAGAAUCUGCCAGCCCUAUCAGGAUCUUGCAUAGCCGUCUGGAUCGCCAACAAGAUUUGAGAAAUGCCAACUCCAAUUUUCUUGGAACCUGAAGUAGCUUCAAUGUCGCCAAUCGCACGGCGAACGUCGUCUUCUUUGAACUGCCUGGAAUGUUGCAUGACCGCGGCAAGCUCUUGCUGAGACUGUAGUGUCGGGACAGCGAUGUGAGAGCCGAAGUGCAGUUCGAGCUGCUGCAAAAUUGAGCGUUGAGAAGUAGUCGCUAGAAUGAGCAGUGGGCGACCCUUCGGUGGCGGUUGCUUCAUCAAUGCUUUGAUUGCUGAAAGUACUGAUGAGGAGAAACGUGGCCCUACGGGUACCCAAUCGACCAGGAGCUCAAUAUCGUCCAGUACCAGACAGUUCAAGGGUGACUUGUAGGCGUCCGUGAAGACCUUGCUUAGAUGCUGGAUCUUCUGCAUCUCAUUCAUCCCGACCACAUCCGCAGGCCGGACGAGUUUGAUGAACGGAAAUUCUGACCUCACAGCAAUAGUAGCUGCCAGAGCAGUCUUU